AUUUUUUCCCUCUUUCUCUCUCUAUAUUCACUAUGCAAAACACAAUUACAAUGACUUCAGAUGAACAACAGCAAGCACCGCCUUCAUGGGAUCAACUGAGGAAGGAAGCAAGACAGUUGGAAAGCGAGAUUGAAGUUAAAUUGUCAACACUGGCAAAGAUUGGCCAAUCAACUGGAUUAGACAAUACUGGACAAGAAGUCGAGACUGACGAAUUAUUGAAGAAGCUACAAAACGUGAUUACCGAGAUGGGAGACUUUUUGGACAGACCAAGCAUUAUACCAACUAGCACCUCCAUGAUUCAUUUGUUAGGAAGACAUAAAGAUAUAUUAUAUGAUUAUACCAAAGAAUUUAGAAGAGUCAAGGCUAACAUAAAAGCGGCAAGGGAUAAAGCAAAUUUAAUGAGUCAAGUACAAGAUGAGAUAAGAACAUUUAAUACAGCAAGUAAUAGGGAUAAUGCGGAUUAUUAUCUAACAGAGCGCAACAGAAUAGAGGGAUCUCAUCGACUGACAGAUAUGAUCUUGGAACAAGCGUAUGCUACUAGAGAUGAUAUAUUUAGACAAGGUAGAGUGAUGCGUAAUGUAAACCAGAGAGUUGGAAACAUAGUGAGUCAUAUCCCUGGCAUAAACAAUAUCAUUUCACGUAUAAACACAAGAAGAAAAAGAGAUACACUCAUCAUGGCUGGCGUAAUAUCAACUUGUUCUAUCCUCAUCAUUUUAUAUUGGUUACAUACCUAAUAAAAGAAGUUCUGCCCUUUAAACAUCCAUUUAAAAAAAAAAGAGAAAAGGGGAACAAAAAGGGGAGAAAUUAUGCUGAUUUAAUAAAAAGAUGUUGCAACAUAA